AGGGACGGUUCUCUCCGCCCCCAGCGGAGUCUCCCUCCGCCCCCGUCCGCGCUCCCCACCCCUUCCUUCGGCCGCGGAGAAGGGCAUGGAGUUGGCGGGAGCUUAUAAAAGCCCCUAAGAGGCGGCCGAAGUCACAGCGCUGCGACUGUCUCCGCGGACAGAGCUGAGCCGCGAACCAUGUCCCACCACUGGGGGUACGGCAGCAAGGAUGGACCCGCGCACUGGCACGAGCACUUCCCCAUCGCCAACGGCGAGCGCCAGUCUCCCAUCGAUAUUAGCACCAAGUCCGCCAAGUACGACCCCGCACUGAAGCCGCUGAGCUUCAGUUAUGAUGCCGGCACGGCCAGGAAUAUCGUCAACAACGGGCAUUCCUUCAACGUGGAGUUCGAUGAUUCUUCUGAUAAGUCAGUGCUGCAAGGAGGGGCACUGGAUGGACUCUACAGGCUGGUCCAAUUUCACAUUCACUGGGGAUCCUGUGAGGGCCAAGGAUCUGAGCACACAGUGGAUGGUGUGAAAUAUGAUGCAGAGCUCCAUAUUGUUCACUGGAAUGUAAAGUAUGGUAAAUUUGCUGAAGCUGUGAAGCAUCCUGAUGGUUUGGCUGUGGUGGGCAUCUUCAUGAAGGUAGGAAAUGCUAAGCCUGAAAUACAGAAAGUUGUGGAUGCUCUCAGCUCCAUUCAAACCAAGGGAAAGCAAGCUUCUUUCACAAACUUUGACCCCACUGGACUGCUUCCUGCAUGCAGAGACUACUGGACAUACCCUGGUUCACUGACCACUCCUCCACUGCUUGAAUGCGUGGUCUGGCAUGUUUUGAAGGAGCCCAUCACUGUGAGCCCUGAGCAGAUGUGCAAACUCCGUGGCCUUUGCUUCAAUGCUGAGAAUGAGCCCAUGUGCCAUAUGGUGGACAACUGGCGCCCAUGUCAGCCGUUGAAGAGCAGAGAAGUCAGAGCUUCCUUCCAGUAACCUCAGCGUUGAGUGUGUUAGAAGUUGCUGUGUUUGUGAGAAGCCCCUUUGCUAAGCACAAAUCAAACCUUUGCGAUGCGUGCCCUGGCAACAUCUUGUCUCCCAGAUCUGUUCUUUAUUUUGCUCUGCAUCUAAAAUGCCAGCUAUUGAAAUGUGAAUGGCUCUUGGCCAAAUGGGAAAAGCUUCUUAAGGUGUGGGGUUGGGAGAUGCAUACUGGGGGUUGUGGGGCGGUGGCUGUGUGUAUUUUGGUGACUAUUACUGCAACUGACACUUCGGUGUAACAGUGUGUUGGCUACUUGGGGGGAGGAUAAGGUGAUAGUGAAAUAAGCCAUUUUAAGAAACCUCAUCUACUGGUGUGAUAGUACACAUAACUAACAGUAACUUGAAGCUUUGUGAAAAGCACAGGAAUACAGAAUCUAGAUAUGAUAUAGGAAAAAAAAAGUAUUUUGAGAAAGUAAAGCAAAAUGAAUAUUGGGAAUUAGACUUUUUAGAUUUUAAGAAACUGACAUGUAAAUAUUUUUUGAGACAGUUUUACAUUUUUACCCAUGCUGUCAACAACCUGGAUUGUCUUAAUGGUAGUGCUGGAUUUUUUUAAUUAAAGAUGUUCUCAGUUAAGUGUUAUCUUCAAAAGUUGUUAUUACCAUAGAAAUAAUACAAAAUAUCUUUUCAUUGAAAUAAUAUAUGCUCUAAUUUAAAGAGUAAAAUAAUAUUGUAUUUUAGAUAAGUUCUCUAAUAAAUCUAUAAUUAUAGUUUUGCUUCUGUACUGUUACUUUAACCCAGGGAAGGAGUCAUCCUUCUGUUGUCAUCAUUGUAUAUUAAGCAUAAUUGCUAAACAAUUGGGUAUUGGUUUUAAUGGCAGUGAAGAUAAGUGCAAACUUUAUGAGGAUAUGUUAGGAAUUUUUCUCCAAGUAGCUCUAUUAUGAACAGCAGGAGGAGGUGUUAGUUUUGAGCAAUGCAAAGCUCUUGUCAAAUCUCUUUUGAAAAGCUUCCCUAUUUAAAACACCCCCCAUACACCCCAAAUAGGGGGGAAAAAAGCAAGCCCUCACCCAGAAGAGGAAAACAAAAUGUUCUUCUGCCACAGGUUGGUUGUUGCAAAUUCAGCCUCUCCAAACUGACCUACAAGGUACUUGUCUCUUCUGCAGCAGGUUCUUCACACUGAGUGGUUUGAAUACUCUUCUGACUAAUUGUCACCCACAGGACUAAGUGCUACACUUCUGUUCCCUAAACAGUGUAAUGGAGCUUAGACCUCUAAAACUGGAAUUGUGGACUGGAGACAUGGGGCUUGCUUUGGCAGCUUUAAGCCACAGAGGAAACCCACCAUCAAAGGGUAGAUAAAGAUGGAAGGGAUCGCUGGAAGUCAUCUGAUCCAACCUGUCAGCUCAAACAGUGCCUCUUGUAGCAUGUUGCCCAGGACUAUACCUGGAUGGCAUUUGAGACUUAGGACUACUUAUUUCAGCAAGUAGCUUCCUUUGGGUGAAGCUGAAGCAAAGUGCUUGCUAGCAGUUGCAACUACUAUGGUUUUUCUUGCUCUCAAAGAUAGCAGCCCUGCCCUUUGCCUAAUGGCUACAUGUUACAGAACUCCCAACACUAAAAAAUAAAGUGUGUGAGCCCCAGAUUUUCUGUUUUUAAGCCUAUAUCUUUACAGCUAUGAUACCCAGAUUGCUUGGUACUAAGACCUUCUAAGAUGAGGUAAUUGCAUAGGUACCUGUACAGCUUAAAUUGUGUCCAGGCUGAUGUGUGACAUAGAAUACAAACUUCUGCCUAACAGCUAGAGUUAAAACCUGGAAAGACACCUGAAGUUCUAACCACUACUGCAAUAAAAUGUUUCAUAUCUCAUACUCUGUUGCACUUCAAGGUUGCUUCCUCAAAUGGUAUGUAAUAGCAAAGACAAGCACCAUCAGCCAUAUAUUUUAUCUUUUUGUUUGCAGGAGGCUGUUUACCUGGAGUGUUGCCAGUGCCCUAUACUUAUUUCUCCUGCAUCUGAAGUACUUUUAUAUUCAGCUAGGUAGUGCAAGAUGGUGUCUAUAAAUCACAUACAUGGUAUAGAGGAAGAGCCUUACUCCAUGUCUUACCUAUGGGGUCUACCAGGGAUCACUGUUCUUUUCUUUUUGUUUUCUUUCUAAGUGAAUCAACUUAGCUGCCCCAAAUCCACAUAAAAGAAACUUCAGCAUGAGAAGGUACAUGGCCUUAUUACAAACCCACACUGCAGUUAGACACAUGUGCUUUUUUCAAGAAAGAAAUGCGUGAAGGCCAACCCAGAAAAGAAGAAAACAGUUUCCCUGGCAAUAUUAUUCUAUUUCCUGAAUGGUGAGUUAGAUUAAGCUGAAGGUGAAUGGAACCAUCCACUUACUCUUCCUCACCUCUGUUCUCCUUCACCAUUUGCUUGUAUGAAGAGGUUGCAAUUAGGUCUUACAAUUGUUCCACUGCAUUAGAACAACCAUUCUAACAUCACACUAGAGCCUGUUUCAACUGGAAAACUGUUUAUGAAUUUAUAAUAUAAAAAAAGGCUCACUUUGAUCACAGAACAGAAGAUAAUCUACUGCAGAUAAUUGUGUUAUUUUCACGUAGGCAGCCUUGAUUAAAGGAAAAUUUAUUUAGAAGGAAAAAAAACCGAAGAGGCAAGAGAGAAGGUUAGUGUGGUAAUUUGAAAUCAUCAUAAAAUACUCAUCCAGCACAUUUGGUGGGGGAAGAAGAGAGAAGCAUGUUCAUUUGCAAACUGUUCAUUUUGCAGAGUUUGUGAUCCUGUCUCGCACUUGCCUGCCAACUCCUUGUGUGAGAACAUUUUAUGAUUUCUCCACUGCUGUUUCGAAGGGUUGGCAGUGUCCUAGAUUGACAUGGGCGUGCAGACUGUGAUUAGAGAUGUUCCCUAGGAGAUUAGAUAAUAAUGCCCUGCAUGGAGUCAGCAAUAUUUAUAGAAGACCAGAUAGCUUAUGGAAGAGUAUCUCUCACUGAGUGACAGCUUAAGAUUUUCUAACUCAUGAAAGAAAAGCCCUGCAAGCAACAGCUGUGUCACAUGUAGUAUCAUACAAAUGAGAAGUGAUGAAGGUACACAGAGUGGCUUUACUGGAAAAUUCACAGGGACCCUCUAACAUCAGCCACUUCCUCUCCCAAACCACAGCAUCUCAUGCAGUCAUGUAGCACCUAGUGACAGUUGCUUACGCUGUUUAAUAUAUGUUAAGUCUUUCUGGCAACUGACCACUGCACUGCUGGCCCACUUCCUCUUUCAGUAUGAUGGCAAAGGACUGUAUGCCUUAAUACCACUGAUGAUUCUGCCAGGCUGUGAGACUCCCCAGCCACCAACUUGCUAAGGGUAGACUGCAACAGGCAAAUGUUUGAAACCAUCACCAUAUGAAACAGUGAGAAGUAACACAACAAAGCUUUUCAGGGCUCCAUGCCUAAUUUUAGACAUAAGUCUGGCUCUUUUUUACCCAAACCACAAACCAAAGCCAUUUUAGGUCCAACCUCAACUCAGUGUGGAUUACAGUGAUUACUACAAGCUCUCAUGUUCAUCCAACAUGGAGCUCCUCAGGAUGAUCACUUUAGACCUCAAAGCAAUGUAACUAUGUUGCCAGAGCUCAUGGACACAGAUUGUCAACAGGGCUUGGUGCUAAUUUAGUGUAGCUAUGUUGCUCCUAAUCCCAGAGUCAGUUUUGUCCAGUGAGGAUGCCAGUGCACUGCAGCAUAUUAACAAUAAAAAGAUGUCCUCAGGACAUUUUGAAAGGUGCAAUAUCCAAUCCCUGUUCUUAUAAUCCUACAUGGUAUGUGGCAUUGUGUAUACGUACAAGAGGCAGUCUCUGCUCUUGAGUUCACACCCUGAAGCAAAGGGGAAAUGCCUGGGACAGUAUGCAAUAAAUAUAUAUGUAGAGAACACAGGUGGCUAUUAACUACAUAUUUUUCCUGAAGGGUAGGUUUUAAUGAGUCUUGUAACAUCACUCAGUACCCAAGGACCUAGACAAUUUGCUGUAAGGUGCUGGCCACCUUCUGUCUGGAAAGCCCCAUAUCAAACAGGGAAAAGAAGCUUGUGAGGCGCCUGAGUGCUUUUGAGCAGGGGGUAACAGAGAGAAACCUUUGUCUGCAGAACUACACAAAAGAUGUCUCUGGGCAUGACAGCCAUGCUAAGGCUGACAGGUUUCAUAGAAGGCACAUCUAGUCCCUCUCCUGGGCACUGAUCUACUAGCCUAAAGACUAGGUCUAAAUAUUCAGCUCACUCUAGUAAGGUAAGCUGAGAGGACACCACCUGACAGUAUUUAAUAGAUGAUACUCACAUCAGAAUAUUGUGAUUGGGAUAAUGCAUCUCUUCCUCACUUUAUUAAUGGUAUUUCUUCCAAAAGUUACUCUAAAUAGUCUAAUUGCAUUUUUCUCAAAUGACAGUCUUAAAUAAAAUAUUAAUUGAAUAAAAAUCAAACCCAAAGUGCCUCUAGAUACUUGCAAUGAAUGUGGCUUUUGAUUAUUUUAAUGAUUAAUAAGCAUACCCCCCAAAAAGCUAGAAAUAUUACAGAAAACAAGGGCAACAUUUGCAGAAAAAGAGAAAAACAAGCUUGAAAAACCACCAGCCUCACUCAGAAUCUGUUCCUGGGAGAUGGUUCAAAGCACAGCAUUUUGCAGAUCAGCUUAAAAGAGAGUGGUAAACAUAAUUUCCUCCUACUCCAUAGAAGUGCAUCAGACUCUUAAAUAUUUUCUGACUAGUGGUGAAAACCAUGCCCAGACAGCAUUUUGAAACAGAAGUAUUUUAAAUUAUUUUUAGAAGCAAAACCAAGCACUCAAUAAAUGAUAAAGCCUACAGAUAUAAAACAUAGUAAUCCCAGAGUGAGUGAAGUGCCCCUGCUGUGACUUCUUUAAACAUCAUUUUCUGUUCUACAUUUCCUAAUGUUGGGAAUGUUUCCUGAUGUAUUCCUCUCUGAAGAAGAGCAGCUUGUCACAUCAAAUAUGGUGUGGGGGGAAACAAGGUAAAAAAAAAUAGGGCCUGAUCAUGAAAACAUGUGACUAACCAAAGACAUGAGUAAUUCCAUCCAUUAAUCAAAGUACAAUUGUCGUGCCACACUCAGGAAAAGCAAUUCUCCUUCCAUGAGGCGUUUACUUAGGAGGCCAAACACCCAAAAGGUAAGGUAUCCUGUUCUUUUGGAUUUCAGCUUAGGGGUUUAUCCAAAAGAAUAGUGGGAAAGGGGAUAGGAUGGAGGAAUUACCUCUAACCUAGAAGGUGGCUAGAGGAAAGGCUCUUCGUUUAUCCUGCUGCUUCACAAAGGUUCCCCAAAGCUGUGAGUGUCAAACGAAGACUGCACUAUUCCUUCAUGCUCUGCACAUUCUUGGAGGGCUAUUUUCAGUCCUUUUACUCCUUGUUUUAAGUUGAUAAUCAGUCUAGUGGCUAAAGGACAAGAAAACCAUGAAUGAUGCAAGCUUUUCAAGGCUGUCAGAGCAUCCCAUAAGAAUCAAGAGAGAUCCCCAAUGAAGCACUGUGUAACACAUUAUUUCUACACAGCUUCAUCCUCCACACUAGGAUGCUGACCCUCCAAAUACCUCACAAACCCACAGACUAGCAGCUAAUGGGGUAAAUGUAGUCUUACUGAAAUCCGUCUCUCCCUUUGUCACUCUAGAGAUGGCUUCUGUUUGCAUGGGAGUGGGCUGGGCUAGUGGGACUUUUCCUGUCAAGGAAGCUGACCAAGCUCUUUGGUCAUUUACAGGAUCUUAGUUUCUGUUGAGUAAAGCUCUAUUUUCAUCUAGUUAUCUAGUCCUUGUAAACUCUUCAGGUAAAUAGAAAUGUCAGAUCCUUCCAGCAAGAAAAUCUGUUCUUAAUUCUCCAAGGAUUUUGCAAGCACUGAGCAGGUAUCUAGGUUAAAGGAGAAGAAGAGACUGUGAAAAUAUCUUUCCCUGUCAGAAAGAAAAAUACCAAACAGAGGAAAAAAGUCUAAGCUUGUGGUAUAUUGAGAUUAUUUUCAUUCUGAGUAAUAAUUAUGUCAGCAUGAUGAUAACCUGAUCUGUCAUGCAACUACCUUACUAUGUUUAAUAAAGUUACAUGAUGAUAAUGAAA